CGUUAUGAGGUGGAAAAGCGCUGUGCUGUAGAGAAGGAAGAUUAUGAUUUAGCUAAGCAGAAAAAGCAUCAAAUGGAUGAGUAUCGUAUGAAGGUUUAUCAGCAGCUCAAACUACAUAAUUUACUGGAUACUACGGUGAUACGCAGACCAUCUGAUUUUUUGCCAGAGCCUCUCAGUUAUCCUUCUCCCCAGCCACAGAGCUCUGAACAGCCAACACCAGUACAGUACAAGCCAGAAAGGGAAAUGGAGCAACAUACUGAGUCUAAGCCAGAGACUGCUCCUUCAAGCCCUUCACCCAAAACACCAACGCCUCCAGCAACUCCAGUUAAACCAGUAGUUCCCAAGAUUAAUGUUAAUUCUUUGCCAUAUGAUGAGAGACCUCUACCUGCUCUUCAAAAACAAAUGGGUGAACAGCAGAGUUUUCCUUCAGAACCCUCACCUCCAGAUUCAGACAGAACUGCUCGAGGAACAGGGAUCACUGGUGAACCAGAGCCCUUAACAGAAAAGGUUCUGAGGGAGGCCAGUUUCCCAAUUGACGUGUAUGGUGAAGGCUUG